AUGUGCGAAGCGAGUCCCCAGAGAGACGGGAUCGAGGCCAAACGAAGAAAGGUCCGUAAAGGCACUCAAAGCUGCUGGGAAUGCAAGCGGCGUAAGGUUCGGUGCAUUUUCGGUUCGCCCGCGAGUAUCAUCUGCGAUAAUUGCAAGCGACGCCGCACUUCUUGCAUCAGCCAGGAGUAUCCUGAUCAGCAAGUGCCAUCUGCAACCAGUGAUCCGAUUGAAGCGAGGCUCGGCCGGGUGGAGGCCCUUGUUAAGCAACUGGCCCAUAACGCAGGCAUCUUUCCGUCCUUGCAAUCCCCCGGAUCACCUGCAAGGGAACUCCCUGAGACUCAGCAAGUGUCGCCGGCACCGGAACAUGGGGAGGAACCCCGGGAGAAGGCCGUCUCUACGAUCAGCAACACAGUGCACACUCCCGGUCCUGAACCCUCAAAUUGCUUGGGGUCCUCUUUUAUACCGCGUUCUCCAGUCACCGAGCUUCCUCGCGCUCCAGACAGACGAGCUAUAGGCAAGCACGAGGAUGUGAUCCGCGGGCUUAUCGGGGCGUGGCCCAGCCAGACCGAACUUGACCUCCUUUGCAGUCUCCCCGUUGGCUCCUCGAUGUAUUUGCAUUGUGGAGUGUGCGCACAUUAUCUCAAUUUCGAAGGUCAAACCCCUCCAUCGCCGCACGAGGUUUUGCAAUUGCCCCCACCGGGGUCCCAUCCAGUGCUGGUCGCGCGUAAGCUUCUGAUGCUCGGUACCUUCCUGCAAGGAGUUCUUCCGUCCUCGAUCCAAGGCUUAGAGAACCAGGGCAUUUCCUACCGCUAUACCAUGUCCCGUGUUGUGGACAGUGCUGUCAGACUCGUGACCACCAAUGAUGAGCUCACCGGCUCCGUGGAGGGCCUUGAGUGCAUUAUGCUUGAAGCAAUGUAUCACAACUACGCUGGAAACCUUCACAAGUCGUGGAUGGCGAUACACAGGGCGUGCGCCGUAGCCCAGAUGAUGGCAAUACAUCGCGGUCUCAACUCACCGUCCUUGAAGAUCCUCGACCCCGAAACUCGAGCCGCGUUCGAUUCGGACUACCUGUGCUUUCGUCUGGUCCAAAUGGAUUGCUAUCUCUCGAUGAUGCUGGGGUUGCCGCAGAGCUUGCUUGAAACCGGCUUUGCAACUCCACAGGCAUUGGAGAAAUGCCAUCCCGCUGAGCGUAUGCAGCGCACCCACUGCCUCGUUGCUGGGCGCAUUCUACAGCGCAAGGUUGCCGACGUAAACAGCCUGACCGAACUUCACCAACACGAAAAACUGCUUCAAAAGGCUGCGGACGAGAUGCCACCCCAGUGGUGGCUAAUUCCAGACUUGAAGCCUAUCAAUAGCAACAGAGUAGACAUUCUAGAUGAUACGAUGCGUCUCAAUGACCAACUCACUCAAUACCACCUGCUGAUUAGACUCCAUCUGCCCUAUAUGCUGCGAUCACCAUCAGACCGCCGGUACGAUCACAGCAAGAUUACCGCUGUGAAUGCCAGCCGCGAGAUUCUUUCGCGCUACGUAGCCUCCCGCACGUCCAACCCCGGCCACUUCUACUGCCGCGGCGCCGACUUUCUGGCCUUCGUCGGCAUUGUCGUCAUGUGCCUCACUUACAUCAACUCUCGCAGUCAGGGUCAGAGGCCGGUUGAAACACUGAGCUCUGAUACCGUCUUUAACUUUCUUGCCCAUUGUCGGCCUGCUGACCGCGGCAUCAUGGAGCGUACUCUGGAAGUAAUUGAAUCCAUGGCCCAAGCUAGCGAUGAUGCGAUUUCUUCGAAAUUCUCCCUGGUGACGAGAGAGCUCGAGGUCGAGGGCGAAUUGACCAACGGUGGCAAAGCGCUACAUCUGUACAUUCCGUAUCUUGGCAAGAUCUACUUUGAGCCAGGUGUGGUUCCCAAGUGCUCUGCAACAGCGUCAACUCAGCUUGAUAUGGACACGUCGACCACGCGUGAUACAGAUACAUUGGUGCCUGGUCUGUUCGAAAACAUUAGAUCACUUGCUGGCUUGGAAGGUCCACCAAUGUGCUCGAUCGACAAGCGACCGUUUGGUCCUGAUAUGGAGACUCUGCAAUCGUCAUUUACUUGGCAGCGGCCCUCUCCAUCAGUUGAAGACCUGCAUUGUCAUCACGGCGCCACCCAACCCACCCAAUCGCUCCCUCCGCUGGAAGUUUUCGACGCAGGAAAUGACUGGGGCCUGCAGGGUGUUGACAUAGCCCUUUUUGAUAGUCUUACCCGUGGAAUCACGAUUACAGAUGCGGCUGGAGAGAAUUGGGCGGAAUGGGAUUAUCCGAAAUAG